AUGAGAGACCAAGAUCUCUUCGACAAUGUUGAUUCAUUUUCCUUCUUUAUUAUAGUUAAUCCCAAUAUUCCGAUCGAUGCUCGAUGGUCACGGAAUGGAAAGACCGUUGCUGGAGGUAAAGGAGAAGAGGUUGCCACAAAUCUACUCUACUGGUCUCACGGUCUAUUCGUCGAUGAUGAUCAAACGAUGAUCAUUGCUGACUGCUACAAUCAUCGUAUCGUUCAACGGAAGAUGGGUGAUACGAAUGGACAAGUUGCAGCUGGUGGUAAAGGUCAAGGAAAUCGAUUGGAUCAAUUAAAUCAACCAACUGAUGUGUCAAUUGACAAAGACACUGAUAGUCUCAUUAUCUGCGAUCGGGAUAAUCGACGAGUUCUACGAUGGUCUCGUCGUAGUGGUACAAAUCAAGGUGAAAUUCUCAUCGACAACAUCAGCUGUUUCGGAUUAUUCAUGGAUGAUCAAAGAUAUCUCUACGUCUCUGACUACAAAAAACACGAAGUCAGACGAUAUCAAAUAGGAGACAAAAAUGGAAUUGUCGUAGCUGGUGGAAAUGGCAAAGGUGCUGGUCUCAAUCAACUCAACUUGCCGACUUACAUCUUUGUUGAUCAACAACAGACAGUCUACGUAUCUGACAGAGACAAUCAUCGUGUAAUGAAAUGGAAUAAAGGUGCAAAAGAAGGCAUUAUCGCUGCUGGAGGUCAAUGCAGCGGGAAUGCUUUAGCACAAUUAAAUGGCCCUAACGGACUCGUCGUCGAUACAUUGAAUACCAUUUAUGUGGCAGAUUCCGAGAAUCAUCGAGUCAUGCGUUGGCCUAAAGGAGCAAAACAGGGUACUAUCGUUGUGGGUGGAAAUGGUCAAGGAACAGGAGCAAAUCAGUUCAAUUGUCUCGGUGGUUUGUCGUUCGAUCGUCAUGGCAACUUGUAUGUCGCCGAUGUAAUUAAUCACCGUGUUCAAUUUUUUUCAAUUCAAUAA